ACCAACGUCUGACCCUUUUGUUAACUCAUGAUUUAUAACUGGAAGUUAUUUUCUUUAUGCCAGAUUUAUAAACUUUACUGUGCUUGGGUUGAUAUAAUAUCCAUUUCGUACAUCAAGCUAUAAGACAGUAAAUUUAUUGUCCAUGAGGUGUUACCUUGAAAAAUUACAUCAAUGCAAAGUGGUUUCCAUUUACAAUCAAUAGACAAUAAAUUCAUUGGAUUUCUCUUUUGGGGGGGAGGGAAGGGGUAUGACCAUAUUUAUGAGGUCAUGAGUGGCUAUAUAAUGAGUGAAACAGGGAGCAGAGGCAACAGUCUGGAGUUCCGAAUUACAGGCGUUGACAAGACGAAAUAUAUUCAACAGAGCAACAAUGCAUAAGCUGGUAUUCUGCUGUCUCAUUAUCAUCAGCUUCUCCUGUCCUCUCUUCUCUCUGCCCGUCAUCAACGCCAGCGAGAUGUCUUAUCAACUCCCAGCUGAUGAAGAUUCAAGGCUAAAUCUGGAGCAGCUGGGCAGCUCAGAAAGUACCUCCCUGCCUCAGUUUCUGCAGGAGCUCUUGGGCACACUGGUUGAAGACAAUAAAGCAGGUCUUACCUCCAGCAGCUACAGUCCAAGGAAAAAUAUCGAAGAGGCUUUCUAUGGAAAUCACCCACGAAUUGCUCUGCUGGGCCGCUUGCUGAUGAAGGACAGGAAGCAGUACAAGAAACGUGGCAACCUUUCUGAGUGCUUCUGGAAAUACUGCGUGUAA